CCCCGGAUGGGAAUCUCUGAUUUAAGGAGUACAUAUUCAAUUUAUGCGGCGUAUGUGUAUUUUUUGAUGAAUACCUUAUUAUAGAUAUACAAACGUUGAUAACUAUGAAAAUUCACGACAAUCACAAACGAAUUUUCAAUCUCGCGUUAGCAAAAUUCAUCGGGUUCUAUCAAGUCUUGGACAUCGAAAAAGUAACAUUUCUAGGUCGUCGCAACGUUCGGUACAGAAUCUUCGUACUUCUCAUUGUUUACGAAUGUCUCAUAGCGGCUAUGAUGUUGUUAAAUGGUUUGUAUUAUUCCAAAAACAACAUAACUGAAUCCAUACUCUAUACCGGGUUUGUUAUCAACAUGUUUUACGCAUCCUAUAAGAUGUACAUCGUCCUCACACGCUCGAAAGACAUAUGGGAUUGCUUGUCAAUUACACAGUACGACUUCACGUUAUACGACCACCGAGACCGACGUAUAAUACUGGACUUGUGGCGAAAUCGUUCCAUCUGGUUAACCAGCACAUUUAUGAUAUUUUCUUUCGUAAUGGUAACCUUUUAUGUGACGUGUCCGUUGGCAUUUAACAACACGUUUAUAGUGAUGAAAAAUCGCGACGGUUCAACCAGUACCUAUCGCAUGAACGUUCUCAAUUUAUAUUUAUUCAUACCAGAAGAAGCUUACAAUAACACCUACUUCAAUGUAUUUUAUAUCAUCGAAGCGUCUGGCACUUACGUUUUAGUGUUGUUCGUCAUUAUUUUUGAUACUAUAGUGAUGACAUUGUGCUUGGCAUUAUCUUGUCAGUUGCAUAUGAAUUUCGCUGCGUUCGAAUCAGUUGGACAUACAUCUGUAGUUGACUCCCCAAAUAAUAAUAAUGAUAAUAUUGAUAACAAGAUUAAGUUACCUAAUGAAUAUAUUAAUGGAAUAGCUAUGUACAAUAACUUAAAAACAAUUAUAACGGACCAUCAAAAUGUUCUGAAGAAAUAUGACGAAUUUUUAUCAAUAUUCAAACCAAUAAUGUUAUUAGAAAUAUUUGUCUUGUCGUAUGCAAUCAUUGUACUUUGGAUCAUUUUUCUUACGAGUUUUAUUGUCGGAGAAUUUACGGAAUCUAUGGGAGUGACAUCGAUGCAGACUGGUUUUGCCAUUCCUUUCUGUGUUAUACAACUGUUUAUGUCGUGUUUCGUAUUUGAUAUCUUACACAAUAAAAAAGAUUCUAUGACAUUUUCUUUGUACAGUUGUAAUUGGACAGAAUUAUUCGAUAUGAAAUGUAAAAAAUUGGUUUUUUUAACAAUGGGAAUGAAUGAUGCACAUCACCAAAAAUUACAAUAUACAAGGACGAGAAUUAUUAACUUGGAAAUGUUUUAUCAAACUAUACGCGUUUGUUACUCAAUUAUAUCCGUGGUAAUAAAUUACAGAAAAAAUAACUGAUGUUAUUUAAUCGAUUUUGAAUUUUGAUCAUAGUAUAAUGCAUUAUACGAUAUGUAGGUAUAAUUGGAAACAUAUAAAUUACAGUACUAACUUAUGUAUUGUUUAACGCAUUAAAAAAAAUAAUUGCACUGUGAAUAAAUAUAUAAUAUGUAUAUUUUAAUUUAGUAGCUAUAAUACGUUAUUAUGUUUAUAUUAAAUAAAUAAAAAUCGUAGAUUAAUUUAAUUUAUUGUACAAUAUAGGUAUGUGUUUUUAUUUCUGACACUUUUUAGAGUGGAAAAAAGCUUCGAUCAUCAACUUCGAGAAAAUCUUCUACAUUAUAUCUUCUAGUAUUACAUGUUGGAUCAAAUUUGUACUUGGGACAUUUCUCAGUAAUUCGUAAAAUAACCAGACAUUUAACAAACAUGAAUUUUAUAAGUUACACAGACCCAACAUUGAUAAUAAGUUACAACUGAAAUAAUAAUAAUAAUUGAGUCAUUGAGGGGCUAAGCCCCACCCUAGCUCCCACUUAAUUUCGCCUAUGAUCUAAUAUAGGUACCUAGUAUUUUGAAAGGAUUAAUAACAUAAUAUAGAAACUUUAAAUAAUCUAUUAUUAUACUUAAAUUACCAUUUGGCAUUUUCUAUACUCAAUAAAAAAAUGUUAUAGCUAAAUUUUGGGUCUGGUAUUGAAUUGGUUCCCGAGCCCCAAUCUCAUAUGUCUAAUUAGCUCCCAUUUAAAAAACAGAACGUUCUAAUGACCCCUUUGUAUGUACUUAGUCCCCCUCGGUUUUUCCCACUGUUCAACCACUGAGCUGAUUCUACACACUGCCCACGUUGGUUAUACGACUAUACGAGUAAUAUGUAAAUUAUUACAAUUAUUAUAACACAUCACAGUUCACAUUAUAACACAAAAAUAUAUCAUCAUAUAAUAUGAUUAUUCUAUAUAAAUCAGUGAACACCGAUGAGGCGGUAACACCGCAAUGUCACUGACCACUGUAGUUAGGUCUUAGGUACACACGUGCGCAGAGACGUAUAUUUAGGAAUUUUGGGACCCAGGUAAUCUGAGUGCCAUUAAUUUUUUUUUAUCACCCAAAUGACCUAGGUCCUAGGUACCAUACCAAAAUGCUCUCCAAAAUUUACCACCCGGGGCCCAAACCCCUCCAAAAUACGUCACUGCACGUGCGCCUAACGACUAUCAUUAAUUGUAUAUACACAUACGCAUCUAUGUGAAUAUAAUAUAUUCAUUUUACAUUUGUAACGGGUUAAAAUGUAGUUAUGUUAAGAUGAUAUACCUACACUAAAAUAAAAAUUUGAAUACUUACCUAUUUGGUUAUGAAUUUCGAAAUUAUUUAAUUAUUAUUAUAUUCC